AUGGGCGCGAAACGAUCACAUUCCGAAGUUGCGGACGUCGCGAUGGAAGACACCCCCGCGCGUCACGACUCUCCGUCCUCCGAAAACAACGAAGAGCACGCCUCAAAACGCUCCAAGACCGGCCCCGACGCAACGAAGAGGAAGCACAAGGCUAAGGAGGGCACAACAGCAUGGAAUAAGACGCGCGCAAGAACAAUCAGGAGACUUCUGCAGAGCGGCAAAGAGGUGCCGGCUACGGUGCGGAAUGACCUGGAGCAGGAGCUGGAGGCGCUGUCGGAGAGGGUAGAGGAGCACGACUUCAAGAAGAAGAGGAGCCAGAUGAUUCAGAAGUACCACAUGGUCCGUUUCUUUGAGCGCAAAAAGGCAGAGCGACUCCUCAAACAACUCCGCAAGAAGAUCGCACAGUCCACGGACGAAGAAGAGAAGAAGCGCCUCGAGGCCGAGGCCCACGUAGCCGAAGUCGACGUCGCCUACGCCCGUUUCUUCCCCCUCAUGGAGCGCUACGAGAGCCUGUACCCCAACAAGGACAAGGACGCCAGCAAAGACGGCGACGACGACGAGACGAAGGAGGAGAAAUCGGACGAGAAGCCCUUCAAGCAGCCCAAGGCCCUUCGCGCCCUCCACGCCGAACGCCCCAAGAUGUGGGCGACGAUCGAGAAAACACUCCCGGGCGGUGAGUCGGCGCUUUACAGAUUACGCGACCGCAAGUCGCCGACAGACACCGAUGCCGCGCCCAAGCGGUCGACGAAGAAGAAUUUCCCUGCGGCAAAUAAAUCGAAGGACAGGUUCCCCGCCGAGCAGCACCACCAUCACCACAAGGACAGAGCGGUAAACUGGAAGGAUGGUGGCAAGGCGAGGAAGUGGCAUGCUCCCAAGGAGCAGGAAGAUGAGGAUGAUGGAACUGGCUUCUUUAAUUAA